GAAUUCCAAGAACUCCCCUUUUUUUCCCUCCAAAAACAAAAAUUAAAAUUUUUAACCUAAAAUAUGUAUUAAUUAAUUAAAUUACAAAUAGGUCCUUUUACUAGUUAAGAACUGAUUAAUUAACUACUUAGUCCAAUUAUUAAUGUAAACUUACAAUAAAUUAAUCACCUUGAUUAUCCAUAAAUUGAUUUAUUAUUAUCAAUGAUAAUACUAUUCUUAAUGGAGUCUUAUUAUUAUUAUUGCUAAUUAAUUUAUUAUAUUAUCUAUUUCUAAGAUUAUAUUGUUAAGAUAUGUGAAAUUUAAUUAUUAUCUUAAUAGUAACGCUAUUUUAAAUUAGGGUAUUUUGAGGAUUUGACAUUUGGUUAUUUUAUUUUUUGGGAAUUGAGAAAGAAAAAAAGGCAGAGAGAAAACAUUCCAACGUAUAUCAUGUACAAUCAAUUAAACACUGAAGCUAAUACGAAAGAAAAUAAAAUUUUUAUUAAAAUUAGUUAAAAAUGAUAUAUUUUUAAAUUAUUUUAUCAAAUAUAAAAAUAAAAUUUAAAAUAAAUUCAAAUUACAUAAAAUGUUUGUUUCUCCUAAAACUUUAUAUCUUAGUCCUUAACAAAAUAUAAAAAUAAAAUAAAAUUGAAAAUUUUAAGAUAAAAAUAAAAAGAAGUUAAAAGGAUAAAAAAAAAAAAAAUUGAUUUCAAUUCAAAAUCCUCAUGUAAAUCCUAUAAUAAAAUUUUAAGAUUUUUUUUAAAAUAAUUAAAUAUAAAUCCCUCUUAAAUUUAUGGAUAAGAUAAAGGUGUUACACUUACACCUUUACUAAAACUUUUAGAGUUAAUUCUAAAUCGCAACUACUUUCUUAAACAGAGAAUUCCUCUAUAUCCCACUAAAAUAACCCAUUAGUAAAUGAGAUAAGAUUUCAAAUAUUUGAAAAAGUAUUACCAAUUUUCCACUUUUUUUUUUUUCCUUUUUUGACGAGCACCAAACGGAGAAAGGAAGGAGAGAUUUUUUUGGAGAUUCUAUUGUUAUUUUAUUUGAUCCUUUUUUUUUUCCUUUGUUGGUGGGGAGGAAGGAUUUUUAUUUUUUGGGAGAGGCUGCCACAAGAAAAACAAGGAUCGGGAAAAGAAUUGGAAGAAUUUUUACCUGAGGGCCAGGUCUAUUGGAACAGUCAUCAUCUCUUCUUGAUAUAAAAGAGGUAGAAUGGAUGAUUAUGGCAAUGCAUUGAUGUGGGUAACCCAGAAUGAGAAUGUGUUUGAAGUGGAAGAAAUCCUCACCAACAUUCUCUUAAGGCUUCCAGUUAAAUCCCUUUUGAUAUGCAAGUCUGUCUCUAAAUACUGGCGGAGUAUAAUCUCCCGUCCUAGUUUCGUGGAGUCGCAUCUAAUCCAAUCUCAACACAAUCCCACUUAUGUUUUCUAUCCCUAUGACCCUUGGCACCACAACCUGUAUUUGCUAAGAAAAACGGAUGGAGAAAUGACUGAAAGUUUGCCUGGUUGUGAUGGAAUUUACUUUAAAGGUAUCAUUUGUUCCUUUAAUGGUUUGAUCUGCUGCGUUAAUUACUGCAACGCCUUUCUGCACGACAUACGUAUCUGCAACCCCGCUACUGGAGAAGUCCUAUUACUCCCACAAAGCCGGGAAUUAGAACAUCCAGGCGAGGUUGGUGUUGCUUUUGGCCCUGGAAUCAAUGAAUAUAAAGUAUUUCAGUUUUAUGGGGGAACGCAACAUUAUGGAUGUGAGGUAUAUUCUUCAAUCACUGGAUCUUGGAAAUCCAUAGGCAGGGUUGCACACACUCCUUAUUCUUCUUUUUCUUCCAAUCAUGUAUGCAUUAAUGGAAUAGUGUACUGGUUCACCCGAUCAGAAGAAGGCAGCGGCUCCAUCCUUGUAGUUAAUAGAGAGGAAAUUUUUAGCACAAUUCGGCUUCCAAAGGAGAAAAUUCUACGUCCUUACUUGAUCAAUCUCGAAGGUUGUUUGUGUCUAGUGGUUGACAAUGGACUUGAGGAAUAUAGAUUUGAUAUAUGGGCUUUGCAAGAUAGCAAGGAGUCCCUUUGGACCAAGAAAUGGAGUGAUUAUAUGCCCUUUUGUAGCAUUGCAGAUAUCAUUAACCAUGUAGUCGUGCGAAAAAAUGAAAUUCUUUUAGGAACUAUAACUCAUUUUUUUCUUUAUAAUAUGGGGACCAGGACUUGGAGAAAAUUCAACUGGGAACAUGAUGGUGAAGAAAUAGUGAUUUGUCUUUCGGUGCCAUACACAGAGAGCCUCCUCCCUUGUAAGUAACUCAUGUUGUACCUUUCUUCCAAGUAUGGAAGGAUAUUUCCUAUUUUUUUUUAUUUAGAAAAAGGUUUGGAUUUCUUUUCAA